AUGCCAGAUACAGAGAACGUGUUUAGACAACUGUUUCGCAGCUGGAACGUGAGGUCUACACAGCCGGCAAACAGUCGACCCGUACUACUGGAAUGGACUGACUAUAUUAAAUCCGGCGCUAAUGACAUUUACAGCAGAUUGCCGUCAUCCAUUCAAGAUGCUACCAACAGCAAUCCCGCACAAGAACCAUCGUGGUUCAAUUUAUCAAGACUUGAGCGGUUAGUUGGGUUUGGUUGCUGCCUCGCAGCAUCGAUCUUGUGUUUUGUUUUAUGCUUUUUCAUGUUUCCAGUGUUGGCCUUGAGACCUAGGAAGUUCGGGUUGCUUUGGACAGGUGGCUCUAUUUUGUUUCUUGUUUCAUUUGGUGUUUUGCAAGGGCCACAUAGCUAUAUACGACAUUUACUAUCGCGUGAUCGGAUAGUGUUUACCACGGUCUUUUUCACAUCGAUCUUAUUGACCUUAUACUCCAGUGUGGUGAUAAAGAGUAGUUUGCUAACGAUAUUCACAAGUGUUAUCGAAAUUUUGGCUGUGGCUUACUACACUGUCAGUUAUUUCCCUUUUGGUGCCACUACACUAACAUUUUUCACAAGUUAUAUAUUUGGCUACCUUGGUGGUUUAAUCGGAGGAAUUUUAUAA